UAUAUAAUCUUCAUAGCACAAAUCAUCUCAGUAACCCUUUUUGAUAUUUGGAUCUGAAUCCAAAGAUCUCAAAUAACUUCACAUCUGAGAAAAUUACUCGUUAAUAGGACCUUGAAAUAUAUAUGUAUAUAUUAAGAGAAGUGUUUGUACAAAGACUUUGAAACGCCAUGCCAGGUCAAGUCUUUUGCUCUUGCUUCAUCGUUAUAAAUGCAGGAAACCGCCUCAUUUAAACAAACUCCCAGCUACCAUUUCAUUUUUGAAACACAAGAGGUCUUCAUAGAGCUUCAGUGGAGAGUUCUUCCCUUCUGCUUCAUUAGCCAACAUGUAUCUUAUAAGAAGGCAGCCACAUACUCAGCAGGAGAAUGGCCCUUCAGAACGAGAUGCAAAGGUUUGUGAGCUCAGGGAUGCUCUUGGACCUCUAUCUGGUCGUAGUUUACAGUUCUGCACUGAUUCAUGCUUGAGAAGGUAUUUGGAAGCUCGGAACUGGAAUGUUGACAAGGCAAAGAAAAUGCUGGAAGAGACGAUUAAGUGGAGAGCAACUUUCAAGCCUGAAGAAAUCCGCUGGCAUGAAGUAGCACAUGAAGGCGUGACAGGGAAAAUCUCCAGAGCAAAUUUUCAUGAUCGAUCCGGGAGGACUGUGCUUAUAAUGAGGCCAGGGAUGCAGACCACAAAAUGUACUGAAGACAAUGUCCGCUACAUGGUCUAUCUUUUAGAAAAUGGAAUCCUUAACCUUGCUGAUGGUCAAGAACAAAUGUCAUGGUUGAUAGACUUCACUGGAUGGUCCUUGAGCACCAAUAUUCCCAUCAAAACUACCCGUGAUUGCAUCAAUGUUUUGCAAAACCAUUAUCCCCAAAGGCUGGCCAUUGCAUUUCUUUAUAAUCCUCCAAGAAUUUUCGAGGCGUUCUGGAAGGCUGUCAGGUACUUCUUGGAUCCAAUAACAUUCAAGAAGGUGAAGUUUGCUUACCCAAACAAGAAAGAAAGUUCGGAGCUCAUGCAGUCUUACUUUGAUAUUGAAAAUCUUCCAAGUGAAUUUGGGGGAAAAGCCUCACUCGAGUAUGACCAUGAGGAGUUCUCACGGUUGAUGGUCGAGGAUGACGAAAGAACUGCCAAGUUCUGGGGAUCUGAUGAAAAGUCGAGACACCUUGCUGAUGACCAUUUACCUCAGAUGGCACCAGUGCCAGCGCCUCUUGCAAUAACAGCUAGCUAAUCUGGGCUGCCUGAUGCUCGAAUCUGGUAUGCUAGCAACUGAAGAUAAGAAAAGUGUUGCUUGGACUCAUGUUUAGUGCUAAAUAUCAUCUGCUGUAUGAAAAGAAACUAUCGUUAAAUAGUUUCCAUUCUAUUAACUUCAAUCUUUUUUUCUGAGCAAUUAAUUACUUCUAUCCCUUUUCUUUUGGAAAAUAAUUAUUUCUUCCUCGCAAUACAUGACCUUAUACCUGCUACAAAGCUUGCAUCUGCGCAACAUGCUGAGGAAUAGAAAAGCGAAAGUGGUGAAAGCUGACCAGCAAUAAUCCAGUGGUAAGAAAAUAACCAGGUGGGGGAGGAUAUUUCUCUUUUGAAUCCUACAUUUGUAUCUCUCAAUUCACAUGUAAGUAUGUGAUUGACUAGAAAUUUCAAGUUCAU